AACAACAACAACAGCGGCAAGAACCACAAAACAUGCCUUCGGAUUCAUCUUGGUAUCAGCAGAACUAUGAAAAUGGUACUUUCCCUCCCCCCCUCUUUCCUCUCCACCUUCCUUAACGUCCCGAAGUUGAGUGGGGAGUAAGCUGACGAGGAAUGGUAAUAGCACACUGCACGAACUACCUCUGCCCCGACACCCUAGCCUGCGUCCAUUUCCCGCACCACUGCCCAUGUCCACACCCGACUCACGAGGAGAAGUUCGAGCUGGCGGAUGGAAAGGCUGUGUGUAUUAGUAAGGGGGGCUUUAAGGCGGGUGAGGCGGCGAGGAAGAUUGAGUUGGCCAGGAAGGGGUUGUUGUGACGGGAUGAAGAAGGGAGAGACAGUGGGAUGGACAUUGGCUCUGAUGGGAUGUAAGAUUUAGAGGGGCUGUACGAGUGAAGAUGGGCUAUGAUGAAGACAGGGGAGAGAUAAAAAUGGAGUUUAGAGGCAAUGUUGGGGAGCAUAUACCUGCAAUUUGGUUUUAGGCUUUGGUUAUGGG